CACCACCUGCUAAACCACCACCUGCUAAACCACCACCUGCUAAACCACCACCUGCUAAACCACCACCUGCUAAACCACCACCUGCUAAACCACUACCUGCUAAACUACAAUCUGCUAAACCACCACCUGCUAAAUUACAAUCUGCUAAACCACCUACUGCCACUGACUACUCUGGAACCUUAUCUGCUGUGGAGGCCACUGGCAAAUGGCAGUUGAUUCCGAUUAGGUUCAGCCCCCUGUACUGUGGGCCUGUUGUGAUCAGGAACAAUGCCGGUCCGGUGGUUAAAGCUUGGAGAACUUUCCAGUUCAUCAGCCCCAUCAUCACCUACAUGCGUGGGGGAUCCCAGCAGGUGGUGGUGAGGAUGCACCACGUGAGUAGGGUGAGAGGCCUGGAGACUCAACUGGUUUGGGCCAUCUCCAAGGAGACAGCCAGGCUUAGUCCAGAGGGCAUCCCCUACUGUGCCACCAAAGUGCAGUCCAUCACUUGGAUCCAGCGUGUGGCUGGCAGGGUGACCCACUAUGCGUCUCACCUCCGCCACGAGACGUCUGUGGACGUGACGCUUGGCUGCUACCAGCAGACUGAUGUCUCAGUGGUGUACGCCACUCUCCACAUGGGGCUGGACGGGCUUCUCUCCUCUUCAGCGUGGUCGGAGGCUGCCUCCUUCUCUACGCCCACCACUCAGCAGUUCACUGACCCAGAGCCUGAGGGCCACAACUGCUAUGAGGGCUGGGAGGAGGACCUGCUGCCUGAGGAGAGGGAGGUUCCUCUGCUAAACCUCUACCUUAUCACCAAGAGAGUGGAGGACAUCGCCCUGAGGCUCAUCUCCCUGCGCCAGGCCUUCACUACCCUGCUUGGUUCCACCCUGAGCAGGAACCGUCUGUUUGUGGCGGGAAAGGUCCUCCUGGGCGCACUGGUUCAGGCCAACCACAUGGACGAGGCCAAGUUCAUCCGUACCUAUAAGGACUUUGUGGACUACCUGAGUGACCCCUCCAAGCGGAAUGACAUUGAGAGGGAGCUGGCUGAGGCAAAGAUCCAUCAUGUGAACAUGAUAGAUGUCCUCUUUGAGCUGGUGCGGUUUGGGUUAAUGACAGCUCAGAAGUCCCUGAUGGUGCACCCUGGUGGGUUCGUGGAGCGUCUGUACGCUCUCCUGUACUCCUUCCUGCCCACUGCUGCCAACAUGGAGCCAGAGGCUGACAGAUACCUGCUGCUGCUCAAUGAUUCUUGUGACACUUUGCCACCCAACAGGGAUCUAGACACCAAUGCACUACAUUACUUUGCACUGAAUUUGACAUUUUUAAAUAAAACAAGUUGUAGUUCAAAAACAUUUUGGUUUCCGUCUUUUCAUUUAUUUGAUUUUAUGACCUAUUCCUCUUCCUAG